UGGAUCGGAAGCCGCAGGGAGGAGGAUCCAGGGAAAUAAAAACGACCGAGAAUGACCUCCAGCAAACGAGUCUGAGCUGGGCCCUGUCUUCCCACGCUGCCCCAUUCAGCCCCCGCCCGCUCCGGCAUGGGAGACCGAGGGCAGCAGCCCGAGCGCGCGGCCCCGCGCCCGCACCCCCUGGGGGCCCCCGGCAGUGCGGCGGCCGUGGUGAACGGCGUCUUACACGGCGUCUUGCACAACGGCUUCCAGCCUCCGGCGCCACCAGCGCCUCCACAGCUGCAGCCUCGACCCUGUGGCCGGGGUCCAGGGAGCGGCGGCAGCAGCGGCAGUGUGGACUCCCGGCCCCAGCCGCAAGCCGACGGGCCGACCCCGCUCCAUGAUUCCCCGGCCAAGAAAUGCAGGCUCCGGAGGAGGAUGGACUCGGGGAGGAAGAACAGGCCGCCCUUCCCAUGGUUUGGCAUGGACAUUGGUGGAACACUGGUUAAAUUGGUCUACUUUGAACCAAAAGACAUUACAGCAGAGGAGGAGCAAGAGGAAGUGGAGAAUUUGAAGAGCAUAAGGAAGUACUUGACGUCUAACACAGCUUAUGGGAAAACUGGGAUCCGAGAUGUGCACCUGGAGCUGAAGAACCUGACCAUGUGUGGGCGUAAAGGCAACUUGCACUUCAUCCGAUUUCCCAGCUGCGCCAUGCACAGGUUCAUUCAGAUGGGAAGUGAAAAAAACUUCUCCAGUCUUCACACGACCCUCUGUGCCACAGGAGGCGGGGCUUUCAAAUUUGAAGAGGAUUUUAGAAUGAUUGCUGAUCUGCAGCUCCAUAAGCUGGAUGAAUUGGACUGUUUGAUACGAGGGCUGCUCUAUGUUGAUUCCAUCGGCUUCAAUGGCAAACCCGAGUGUUAUUAUUUUGAAAAACCCACAGAUCCUGAACAGUGUCAAAAAAAGCCUUACUGUCUUGAUAAUCCAUACCCCAUGUUGCUGGUUAACAUGGGCUCAGGUGUUAGCAUCCUAGCAGUAUAUUCCAAGGACAACUAUAAAAGAGUUACAGGGACCAGUCUUGGAGGUGGAACAUUCCUAGGCCUGUGCUGUUUGCUGACUGGUUGUGAGACCUUUGAAGAAGCUCUGGAAAUGGCAGCUAAAGGAGACAGCACCAAUGUUGAUAAGCUGGUGAAGGAUAUUUAUGGAGGAGACUAUGAACGAUUUGGCCUUCAAGGAUCUGCUGUAGCAUCAAGCUUUGGCAACAUGAUGAGUAAAGAAAAACGAGAUGCCAUCAGCAAAGAGGACCUAGCCAGAGCCACUUUGGUCACCAUUACAAAUAACAUCGGUUCCAUUGCUCGGAUGUGUGCCCAGAAUGAGAACAUUGACAAAGUGGUAUUUGUUGGGAAUUUCCUUAGAAUCAAUAUGGUCUCUAUGAAGCUGCUAGCAUAUGCCAUGGAUUUUUGGUCCAAAGGACAACUAAAAGCUCUGUUCUUGGAACAUGAGGGCUACUUUGGUGCUGUUGGCGCCCUACUGGAAUUGUUCAAGAUGAGUGAUGAUCAGUAAAGAUGUCUCCUGUUCAUAAGAAGGGAAAGAUGCCUCUGUUGAGGUUGCUGCUGGGGAAAAGUGAAAACCACGAUCAGGAUGGGAACGAAGCCAUUUUGGCAGUCGUACCUGCUGGAUUUGUAAAUAAUUUGAAAUCCUUCUAGCUGAUAUUUUACCUUCGGGUUUUGAGCAUAGAAUUCAAAAUUCACAUGGGAAUACAAGAGGUUUUUUUUUUUCUUCCUGUAUACUGUAUUAUUAUUAUUAUUAUUAUUUUUUAAAAGGACAAAAUGUGCAACGUGGCCAAAUGUCCCAGUUUUAUGCAUUCAUUUUAAAAAGCUGAAUAAUGUUUCAGAAGGACCUGAAAUGUAAUAGCUGUGUUUUUCUUCUGGGGUUUACUGAUCAGUGUGGUAAUUUUAACUUCAUUUAGUAAUCACUCUAGGAGAUUUUUAUCUUGACUUAUAUUUUUCAUGACGUUUCAUGAUUUGCUGUUGGUUUCAAAUGAAACUACAAAGCUAGCAUGUUUUACUGUGAACGCUUCCUCCCUCUUUUGAGUUUGUUAUUUUUGUUUUGGGGGUUUUUUUUGUCUCAUAUUUCUGUCCGUGAAUGAAUGUCCCAGGGAAGGAGAGCUGUCUGCUAAGCUCAAUUUCUAUCCUCUUCAUCCACAAUGAAAGACUGUUUUCUGUCAACAUAUAUUCAUAUUACCCAUGGCACUGACCACUCUACUGGCUUAGCAGUGAGAGCUAAAGCUUUAUGAAGUGCCCAUGCAAUAAAGACUCCAAAAAUCACUAAGAGUCACAGGCUUAGGAGGAACCUUAGACCAUAGAAUGUCAGAACUGGAAGGGACCUACAUCUAGCCCCCUUAUUUUACAGGGAAGGAAACAGAGACCUAGAGAGUAAAGUGAAUUGUCUGAUUUUGGAUAGUUGGUGAUAGAAGUAGGAUUACAAUACAGUGGUAUAUACAACAAUCAUUAAAUGGGUACUUUUCUAGGCUCUAGGAAGGAUACAAUUUAGAUAAGGUAGGAUUGGUCUAGAAUGUGGGCAACUGAGUCAUCCCAUUCCCAGACCAAGGUUUGUCGUCUUGUAUGUUUUAUUAAUAGACUGUGGCAGUAAGAAAUAGAUAUACAUUUUUGCCGUGCCCUUUUAAAAUCUGUAGUAUUAAGUGGGAAUACAGAAAAGAUCUCGGAUUCUAUCCAGUAUGGGAAUUCUCACUGCUGGUGCAGAUGACAGCCAAUACCUGACUUAUUUAAUUAAGACCUAGGGAGUUGUCUCAGGCACAUAGAACUCAGAUGGUAAGUGUCCAAGUUAGCAUUUGAACCCAGGUCUUUUUGAUGCUAAGCUCAACACUCUAGCCACUAAGUCAUGCUGCCUCUUGGUUUAUUUUAUAUCAGCAAUUCAAUACUAAAUGACACCUGAAACCCUUUAUGAAGAUAACUUUCUAACCUCCACAAAGUAAAUUAUAUGAAACCUUUAUAUAAUAUGUUUGGUAUUUGAAGGGAGUUCUCCAAAGAAUUCCAGCAUCAUUAAAAUUCUGAUGCAAAUUGGAGCAUCAGAAAAAGAAAUAAAAUCAUGGCAAGAGAAUCAUCUGGUGAUGAUUCAGUCAACAGGCUACUUGUCUUUUUUGUACUUGUGCCCCAGAGUGUUGUAAUUAGAUCUUAUGAGUAGAAAUUUUAAAAUGUUUUUACUUUUAAUAUUUGAGAAAGAUGAUAUUUCUAAAAAACAAAAUUUUAUUUUAUUAAUUUUUUGGGUCAAAAAUAAUUUUUAUUUUGAAAAGAUGUCCUGAUGAUUACUGAUUUUGGUUUUGUUAUCUCCUUUUUUGUCUUUGCCUUGAUGACCCUGGACAAAAAAAAACUAGAAAGAACUGAUCUUUUUGCUUUGACUUGUUAAAGAAGGGAAGUUAGGAAGGAUAGUCUGUAUCAAAACAGAUCGAUUGGCUUCCCCCUUUGUCUUUUGAAUGCAGUCAUUAAUUUUUAUAUCUUCAAGUUGUGAAGAAGUGGGUACUAAUUGAAGUGUUGACUUGUCUGGUUGAAAUAAAGCCCGUUCCUGUUGUGA